AUGGAAAUAUCUCAAGAAAUUUCAUACAAGAAAAAUAGCUUUAGUCAUCACUGCUCUUCGAGUAGAGUCAUAAAGAGAAGUUUCGACAAAAUUGUAAAAGUACACAAAUUCAAGGAUAGGGUUGUCAAUCGAAAGGAUCUCUCGAAUACUUUUGUCAUGUGGAAGAACAUAUUUACGCAAGGAUUCAAGUAUAAUCAACCCAAUGCAUCUUCAAAAAACUUGAUCCUGUCCGUUCUAAAUACGACAGCUACCAAAAGAGAGGCUAAAGAUUAUCUCUCAAAAUACACCAAGGGGAAUGGUCAGCAUAAUUACUGCUUGUUUUUCAUUAGGGACUUGCAUGAAGUGGGGCCUGCGAUUUUGUCUCAGUUUUCAAGUGUCGUAAAGAGACUAGGAAUGCUAGGUUUACGGCCCAUGUUUGUAAUUCCACCAUCACUAUCUCAUGUAAAUAUACAGGCUGAGUUACUUGAUAAUAUUGUUACAGGUGCUGGUUUGAGACCGCUCCAUCUUAAGGAAGGUCUAACUAAAUCUCGUACUGGGUUAUAUCAUUCCACUUUCUCACAACAGAGCCGGUUCUUCGAUAUGGCAAACUCAAAUUUUAUACCAAUUAUCAAACCUUACGUGUAUAAUGAAGAGACUGCGUCGGAAUUUAUGACAAAAGAUGUCGUGAAGUUCAUGAAUUACCUAUGUCAGGGUGAUAUUCCGCACAUUGAUAAAUUCUUUAUUCUAAAUAAAACCGGCGGUAUACCCUCAGGGGAAAGAAAUGAUAACGCUCAUGUAUUCAUAAAUCUUUCUCAAGAACUCAAGCACUUGUAUUCGUCGCUGUCUUAUAAUAUUAGCACCCUGAGUAAACGAGAACCACGCUCACAAAACUUGUUAGACAGGAUGGAAGUGCUUGUUAAAAAAGACGAAAUAUCUUCUCUAGAAUAUGAGUAUCAUGAUCAUCUAGAAGACCUAUUACUGAUGGAUACAGUUUUAUCAAAUCUAGCGCCUACAGCAACAGGAUUAAUCACAACCACCAAUGCCGCUGCAUUAUCUUCAGACAGGAAAAAUCCGUUAGUAUAUAAUCUACUAACAGACCGGUCAUUAAUUUCUUCUUCUCUACCGAGGUUUAAAAAAUAUGGGAACGAGAUGGAAUCAUCAAAUAAUUCCUUCGAUGAUCAUACAUGGUAUGAGCUGCCACCCCAACCUGGAAACGGAACUGCUUCCCAUUCAGAUGCUGUCUUAGUAACAACUGUCCUUAAAAAAGGUGUACAUAUAAAAACUUAUGAUUAUAAGACUUUGACUCAAUUCAACUCAGUUGGCCUUCCAAAGGAGUUUUACGUGCCAGAAGCGGAGACAAAACCCUCUGCCAAUAUCCCAAAGUUGGAUAUCAAUAAAUUCAAAUCUAUCAUUGACCAAAGCUUCAAAAGAUCUCUAGAUUUGCAUGACUAUUUAAAUAGGAUUAAUGGACGAAUAGCUACAAUCAUUGUCAUAGGUGAUUAUGAAGGUAUUGCGAUUUUAACGUACGAAGGCUCUGAAAAUAACCCAUUUGUUUAUCUGGACAAGUUUGCUGUUCUCCCACAUUUGAAAGGCUCUUUGGGUAUUUCUGAUAUAAUCUUCAAUUUGAUGUUUAAAAAGUUUCCCAAUGAGAUUCUUUGGAGAAGCAGGAAAGACAAUGUUGUGAAUAAGUGGUACUUCCAACGUAGUGUUGCUGUACUAGAUUUGUCGGUUGACUUGGAUCCUGAACACAAUGAUAAACAGCAAAGCCAAUUUAAGUUAUUCUAUUACGGCAACCCCCAAUACGCUAAGAAGGCUCUACGCGAUAAGACACGUUUAAGAGAAGUCAUGAAAUCUGUCAGAGACAUUAAGCCGAGUUGGCAUAAAUAA